AUGAUCUCCGCUGCCGCUCUUGCCACCGCGCUCGCCUUGGGCGUCGCACAAGUCACGGCCCACGGCGGCGUCCUCGAGUACGACAUCGACGGCGUCACCUACAAAGGCUUCAAGGCGUACAACACCCCCGUGGGCCAGAGCUCCAUCCAGCGCGAGUGGGACACGUACGACCCGAUCACGGACCCGACCGCGUCCUACAUCUCGUGCAACACCAAGGGCGCCACCCUCGGCUCCGGACAGCUCUCCGCUCAGGUCGAGGCCGGCGCGACCGUCACCGCCUACUGGAACACCUGGCCGCACACGAUCGGGCCCGUGAUGGUCUACAUGGCGAACUGCGACGGGCCGUGCACGUCCGCGACGCCCGCCGCGCUCGACUGGUUCAAGAUCGAGCACGCCGGCCUGCUCUCGGGCGACCUCCCGACGGGCGCGUGGGCGCAGGGCGCGCUCGUCGCCGCCAACAGCUCCUGGACGACGACGAUCCCCGCCGCGCUCGCCCCGGGCGAGUACAUGCUCCGGCACGAGCUCCUCGCGAUCCACACCCCGAACCAGGCCCAGUUCUACCCCGAGUGCGCGCAGCUGAUCGUGACCGGCUCGGGCUCCGCGGUGCCGCCAGCGAAGUACCUCGUCAAGCUCCCGGGGGCGUACGCCGCGUCCGACCCCGGUGUGACGCUCGACGUCUACGCGCAGCCUGGUGUCACCAACUACACCAUCCCCGGACCCGCGGUUUGGAAGCCGUGA